AUGACAUGGACGGACCCAGUGACGGACUGGCUGUCCGACGAGGAGGACAACAACGGGCUCGGACCCUGCGGGUACGAGGAGGCCAGCGAGAGCGAGGAGGGCAGCUUCGUGCCAGACACGGAGCUCGACAGCGACGAGGAGGCAGAAGGCCCCGUGGGCCCCGCGCCGCUUGCAGUGAUGCCGAAGCCUCAGCAGCGAGUGUGCCAGCACUGCGGCAAGGCUGGCCGCAACCUCAGGAGUGGCCCCAAGCUCGCCCAGCAGCUCCUCCGCAGCGUGCAGAAGGCCCACUCCCCCAGCGCCGUGGUGGACGCGCUCAGGGCAGGCGGGUCGGGCCUCAAGGUGACGGGGAUACAGACGAAGUUCAUCCACCGCAAAGCCCACAAGCUGCAGCGCAGGGUGGCGCACAAGGGCAGCCGCAGGGUCUCCACGGCCAGGAAGGCAGCGAAGGGGCGCAAGAAGGCGGCGAACGAGAGGCGCCGCUGCUUGACCAGGAGCACCAAGGACGAGGCAAAGCUGGCCUUGGCAGAAAAGCAGAGCAUGGCCAAAGCGUGGAAGGCUCUCGUCAAGUGGCGCUUGGCCAAGGCGGGUGCGCGUGGUAACUGCAGCAGCUACCCUUGCCCUCGGUGCCCUGCAGGCUGUACCUGCACCAAGCUCGACGGACACGGCCAGAGAGGGAACGGCCCGCAAACCAAGCGAAAGAAGGCGCUCCAGGCCACGCUGGCGGUCAAGAAGAGAAAGCUCACCUCGGUCUUCUUUCGGGGCAGCAGAUGCGGUGACAUCUACAAUGGCAUCAUAUUCUGCGUUCUCCCCCAGGUCAAGUACCCGUUCCCACUGCCUGCGCUCGUGGAGUUUGUAGAGAAGUAUCAUGCAGCCACCAGGCCCGAGCUGCAGCAGCUCUGCAAGGAUGUCGGCAUGUCUCGCUCUCGGUCCGUCAUGAAGCUCUUCCGCUGGCUCCGCUGGCAGGAGGCGAACCUCGGCUACGAGGAGAUGCAGGCCAUGACGCUCAAGGGCGUCGUCGAGGGCGACGGCACUGGCCUGAAACUCUUCAAGCACGAGGGGAAGAACUGCCACGUGGCACUGUGGGGUUUGGCCGAGCGGCCCCGCGGGUCAGCCGUGCCGCGAGCGGUGGUGUACUUCGUGCCCGUCAAAAAGGUUGCGCCCAAUGCCGUGUGCCCG